CGGAAAUGGCCGGAAACGCUGCUGUUCAUCGUUUGGUUCAGGAAGCGAAGCUAGUUGAAGUUGAUAUAUGACCUGAUUAGAACAUUUAAGGAUGAGCAGCUCAGAGGAGGUGUCCUGGAUCUCCUGGUUCUGUGGACUGAGGGGCAAUGAGUUCUUCUGCGAGGUCGAUGAGGACUACAUCCAGGACAAGUUUAACCUGACAGGUCUGAAUGAGCAGGUGCCACACUAUCGACAGGCUCUGGACAUGAUACUUGACUUAGAACCAGGUGGGAAGUCAGAUAGUAACUUGACAUAUGCUGUUAUAAUAGUGUUGUUAAUUAAACAAUGUGUUUAUUGUGCAGAUGAGGAACUUGAAGACAACCCCAACCAGAGUGAUUUGAUAGAGCAAGCAGCAGAAAUGCUAUAUGGUCUUAUACAUGCACGGUACAUCCUCACAAAUAGAGGCAUCGCACAAAUGUUAGAAAAGUAUCAACAAGGUGAUUUUGGACAUUGCCCAAGAGUCUAUUGUGAAAAUCAAACUAUGUUACCCAUUGGAUUGUCAGACAUUCCUGGCGAAGCAAUGGUAAAGCUUUACUGUCCAAAAUGCAUGGAUGUGUACACACCCAAGUCCUCCAAACACCACCACACAGACGGAGCCUACUUUGGCACCGGGUUCCCCCACAUGCUGUAUAUGGUGCACCCAGAGUAUCGCCCUAAGCGACCAGCCAACCAGUUUGUGCCAAGGCUAUAUGGUUUCAAAAUUCACCCAAUGGCCUAUCAGCUUCAACUCCAGGCUGCCUCAAGUUUUAAAAGCCCAGUCAAAAGCAACCGCUAGGUGUCAGUGUUGUCAAUGGACACUUAUGUUGUUUACUUCUUGUUGAAACAAAUUAUACUGUAUUAUAAUAAAGCCUGUACAGUUUGG